AUGAUUUGGGUGUUGGUGGCAUUCUUCAAUGUUUUGAUUGCGGCGGACAGCCAGGAUGGCAGAUAUACCCAACAUUUACUCGAGGGUUCUUUGGAUGAUAAAGCCAGUAAAUGGGGAUUCGAUUGGGCGUUUUCGGGGAUAUCAAGUUUCGGCCAUCUUCCUUAUCAUCGAUGUCUGACAGGGACGGAUGAGUUGUUUGAUGUAGGAAUUAUUGGGAUUCCUUUUGAUUCAGCUGUCACAUAUAGACCGGGAGCACGACUUGGGCCUCGUGCUAUUCGGGAGGCUUCCGCGCGUCAUCUUCCGUCCCGUGGGUUUAACGUCCAUGGAGGCGUUAACCCUUAUAGAUCCUGGGCACGAAUCCUCGACUGCGGUGACAUUCCAGUUACCCCGCUGGACAACGACGUAGCCUCUAGGAUGAUGUACGAAGGACUGUACGAGCUCGGGAACCGCCCAAGUGCCAACAGUUUGUAUGGAGACAAGCCAAAGUUGAUCCUUUUGGGCGGCGAUCACUCCAUCGCACUCCCAGCUUUGAGGGCGUUGAAGGAGAUCCAUAAUAAACCAUUGGCGCUGGUGCAUUUUGACGCUCAUUUGGACACAUUGCAUCCAAGCGCGUACCCAAGCAUCUGGGGCUCAAAUCAGGCAGCGUUUAAUCACGGAUCCAUGUUUUGGAUAGCGUCUCAGGAGGGGAUUCUUUCUAAUAGCUCGAAUGUCCACGCUGGGCUUCGCACCCGGCUGACGGGAGAUGACUGGAGCGACUUUGAGAAUGACGACAAGCAAGGAUUCCUGCGGAUAUCAACCGAUGACAUAGACGACAUUGGAGCGGAUGGGAUUAUCAAACGUAUUUACGAACGCGUUGGCGGGGAGAUUCCGGUAUAUCUAAGCAUCGAUAUAGAUGUUUUGGACCCUGCUUUUGCUCCGGGCACGGGAGCACCAGAGUCUGGGGGAUGGUCCUCGAGGGAGCUAUUGCGGAUCAUUACCGGCCUGCGGAAUUUGAAUAUUGUUGGCGCAGAUAUUGUGGAGGAUCGGUGCAAUGAGAUGGGCAACAUAAUCUUUGGCAUGUUAAUAGAUUCUCAGCCCCAAGCGUUCGAUCCCAUCAGGGUAUAUGCGCGAAUGGAAGCCCAAUCUAGCACAUUUGACUGGCAUGACCCCAAUGGUCAGCCGGGGUGCAGUGUCAAGGUAGCAGGUUCAACGCACAAAGGUUUGCUGUCAGAAGCCGCUGGUGGCCAGGGGAGGCACGGGGGGAUUUGA